AUGAAUUUCGACGAUUUUGAUGAUAUUAUUGUUGUCAUCGAAGAAGAAGAAUUCAAUAAUGAUAAUGAUGAUGAUAAAAAAGAACAAGCGACGAAUAGGCAAAAAGAUCUGAUUCAUAAAAUUUUACAUUCUUUAAAACAUCAUUUCCCACAUUCUCGAGAUCCUAAUAAAGAUAAAUCUAAUGAUAACAAAUAUAAAGUUGAUAAGCGCGACAAUAAUUCUAAGAAGAAAACAUUUGGACAUAAAUUAUUAAACUAUUUACAUAUUCCACAUCAUCGCCACGAGAAUGAAAAGAAAACAACUCCAAGAGCUGUAUUGCCACUUAGUUAUAAAAAUUAUCAUGGAGAUGAAGAUGUGGUUGGAUUUGGAAUUUAUCAAGAUCCAGCUGAUCACAAUGUUGUACACUUAUUAAUAGAAUCGGCUUUAACAAGACAAAUAUUCUGGGGUUAG